AUGGCGGACACUCAACCAAAACGCCUAAGAGAAGAUGACCAAGAACAAGAACAAGAAGCGAUUUUUUCAUCUGAAGUGGAUAUAACUAAGCGCCAUAAAAGUUCCUACAACCAAAUCCUCUCGAUUCUUGACGAAAAUACCGAAGAGGAACAUCAAGAAACCACUCAAGGUUUGACCGACUGCUUCACAGCUUUGCAACAUGAACUAUCCUCGUCUGUUCCAUUACCGGAACUCAUCAUUGAAUCCGACCAGACUGUAAAAGAAGCUGGAUAUGACGAUAAAGAGAUGGUGAUUAGACACCUUCUUGAAGCUUCUGAUGAUGAGCUUGGGAUACCCAAUAGAGUGGCUGACAGCAACGGAGGUGACGAUGAAAUUCCUACCGGAGAAGAUGGUGGGUUUCCGGUGGCUUUGAGUGAUGGGUUAUGGGAGCUUGACGAUGAUGCUGCUAACUAUUAUACUUUAUUUCACUCUGAAGUUAUUAUGUAG